CCACCAAGCCCACCAGAUCCGGUCUCACGCCCAGCCGACUCCUCCCACCACCGCGGCCGUGCACAGCGCCACUGCCGCACCCGGGAGCGGCAAUUCGUCGAACAGUUGCUGCGCGCGCUCCUCCCCUGCGGCCGCCAGCUCGCCAUGGCGUCCGCCGCGCGGGCCCUGGGCGCGAUGCUCCACAGGGCCUCGUCUCUGUCCGCCUCGGCCACCGCUCUCCGAAUCGCCCCACUCCUCCAGGGGAAUGGCGCUAUUGGGAACGCCGGUUUGUUCCAGAGGCACGCGGCGAGGCGGAGGAUUUCGACGUUCCAUCCGCUCUGCAUGGGACGGCGCUCUUGCAAGAUUGCCGGAAGGAAGGAUGCCCAGAAUUUGAAGAAGAUGAAGCGCAACAGCAAAAUCGGAAAAGAAAUUGUUGCUGCCAUCAAGAAAGGUGGUCCGAGUCCUUCAUCGAACACAGCUUUAGCAGCAAUAUUGGAGAAAGCAAGGGAACUUGAUAUCCCCAAAGAAAUAUUGGAGCGUAACAUAAAAAGGGCAUCUGAAAAGGGCCAAGAUACUUACACAGAAAAGGUUUAUGAGGUCUAUGGUUUUGGUGGAGUAGGUAUGGUCGUUGAGGUCCUCACAGACAAAAUUACAAGAUCUGUUGCCGGUAUUAGAAAUGUGGUAAAGGAUUGCGGAGCAAAAUUGGCUGACCCUGGGUCUGUUACCUUUAGAUUCAGACAAGCUCGAGUGGUGAACAUAAAAGUUACUGAUGCUGAUAAGGACCAACUGCUUUCUGUUGCUUUGGAUGCUGGUGCUGAUGAUGUCAUUGAACCAGAUUUUGAUGAUGGUUAUGAUGACUCUGAAGAUGUUUCAGAAAGGUUUUACAAGGUAGUUACUACAUCAGAAAACUAUCCGGUCGUGCUAUCAAAGCUACAAGAGGAAGGACUAAAGUUUGAAACUGAUAAUGGCUACGAACUUCUGCCUCUGAACCUGAUUGAGGUGGAUGAUGAGGCCAUGGAACUAAACAAGGAGCUUGUGUCAAAAUUGCUUGAACUCGAUGACGUUGACGCCGUCUAUACAGACCAAAAGUGAUAGUGAAUUCAGGAGCCUACAGUUCUCAACUCAAGACACUCGAUGGCUCUUGGGUCGUCGAUAGAGCGUGUUCACUUCUCAUUCUUGAUUGGAUAAAUGUUGAUAGGGCUGCUUAUGAUGCCUGCAGCUUAGUUGAGCAUCACCAUUUUAAGUUCCCAGAAAUUGAAGUGAUGAUACAGCAAUUUUCUGUACUUUGGCAUACUGGCAUUCCUGUUAUGUUCACUUUUUCAGUGAAUUGCUAUAUGUUCAGAUAGCGGAUUUGAGAAAUCCUUGUAAAAUAAUACAUAACACUGACCUACUUAUGAGUCUUGACGAGGACUGUAACGAAGAAGUUUGGGAGAAUUCCCUCAGUGCCAUCAAAUUUUUUUAAAGUUCC